GUUCAUUCAGAGUGAGUAGCCGAACAAAACCUUUAGUCGAAAUCGAAUCGUUCCCUCGAAAUUCUUACAACUCUACGGCAUUCGAGUCUUUAAAUCGAAUUUCCACAAGUUUUUUUUGUCCUUUUUCAAAGCUCACAGGCAGCAUUUUAUAUACAUGUCUUAAUUCAGUUUACGAAAUUGUUUGUUGAAAGUAUCGCCACACGGAAUGCCGCUAGCCAAAAAGGGGGCCGCCAUGCCCGUGGACAAGAUCCUUAGCCUGCGACGCAAUCCCCAGCAACUGCAGAGGGAAAUGGAGGAUAGGCCCAGCUUUCUGCCGCGUCAACUGCGUGCGGAAUCGCCCGGAGCUAAGACCCAAGAGAGCCAACAAACCUACCGCAAGGAUACCGCUGCAGAUGGUUCGGAUGCGGAUCUGCACCGACUGCCGCCGCCACGACGCUCGCAGGUGUCGCGACAGAAUCUGCAGCGUUACAGGCGCACGCCCGAGUACUACAUGAACAUGCUCAAGAUGAUGAGCAUUGUGUUGACGGUGUGCCUGCUCUUUGCCUUCGUUCCCUACUACAGGAAGUGCCAGGGGGGCGGCGGCCACAAGCCAUCAUCAAAUCAUACGGUGAUACUGCUGUGGAACGAGGGCCCCGCCUGGGAGCGAUCCGUGCACAUGGAGUGCGGUUGUUUGGUGACAUCCGAUCGGCACUUUCACGGCGAACCCUUCGAGGCGAUUGUCAUCAAUGCAGAUCGUGCGUACACGCAGCAGGGCCUGGACGCGAUCCAACACACCUCGGACCAUCUGGUGGUGUUCUCUGGCAGCGCUCCUCUGAGUCUCACACAGGAUCCGAUGCCACACUUGAAGUCACCCUUCAACCUGACGAUGAGCUAUCGCCUGGACUCGGAUCUGGUGUGGUCCGAGUACUACUUUUCGCUGCAUAAUCAGUCGAGUCGUCUCAAUGUAUUCGCUCCACCGAUUGAGGAUAUAUCCAAUCACAUGUCCACGCCCCUGAUCCUGGGCCUGCACGAGCAGCUCAAGCGAAAGGAUCGCCUGGCGGUUUACUUGAUGUACGAGGUGAAUGAGUACACGAUGCCGGAGAGCUAUUAUCUGAUGGAGAUGCGCAAGCAUGUGGAAUUGGAGGCACACGAAAGCUGUUUGGGCUAUCAUGACUGCAGUGCCUACCACUUUAUGCUGAUCUUUGAGCCCAGCUCCUGCCCGGACUAUGUGCAUCCACAGUUCUAUCAGGCACUCGAUAAAUUCAUGGUGCCCGUCCUCAUUGGCGGUGGCAAUCUGACGAAUCUCGUGCCCCCCGGUUCCUACAUCAGCAGCCGGGACUUUGCCACGGCCAAGCAUCUGGUGAAGCAUCUGAAGGCGCUGAUGGACCAACCGGUGCUCUAUCAGCGCUUCUUCUGGUGGCAUUCCAAUUACAAGCUACGCGCUACCUUGGAGCCCUACUGCCAGCUAUGCCAUCUGCUCAAGCAGCGGCAUCAGCCACAGGCACAGCUACAGCUACAGCCGUUGAAUCCCCAGGAGGUGCCACAGGAGCAGACGACAGCAGCAGCAGAGGCAGUCCCCAUUCCCGUUCCCGUUCCCGUGGCUGUGCCCAUUCCCUUUGUCGAUUGGUGGCAGCGCUACCAUUGCCCCAAUCGUCAGACCCGCUUUUAGGUGGUUCGGUUCGUUCCACACACACACAUACACACUCAUACACACACAGAGAAACCGCAAACACAAAUAUAAUUACCAACGAUCGCAAAUUGGCAGCAUCGUUCGCUUCAGUUCUGUUCUGAGU